AUGCCAGCAGUAAAAUCGAGAAAUAAAACGCCUUGCCCCUUACUGCUCAAAGCUGAACCACUGACUGAAGACACAGUGCGUGGUGGUACCGAGCUUGUAGGCGUAGUUGCAGUUGCUAAUGCGCCAGUUGCCCCAGUCAAGGAGUCCUCAGAAGUGGGCAGCCCUAUGGAGGUAGGCGAAGAUUCCGUUGCUGGACUAAGCGUGGGUAGACUGAUGGCUGCUAUCGUCGACUUGUUGCUGGGCUAUAUGAGACAUUCAAAUAUGAAGUGA